AUGGGGACCUGGCAGCUCUCGGAGCCAGAUCGGAGCAUCGGAGCAUCUCCACCUGAAUAUUCUAAAAAUUGUUACUCCUGUAAUUCUUCAGCCAUGUCCGGUGCUAGGAACAUCACAGCUGCUUUGCGGCGGGCCCGAGUGCCUCGUCCCAGCCUUGCCAUUUGCACCGUUCAAUCCAUCACACCUUUAACUGCGCGCACCUUCAGCGCCAGCUCCACUCGAAACUCCGAUUCACGCCAGAUCAAGUUCACCAGCGACGCCUACCCCAACCUCAAGCGUAACCCCAGCUUCUCUGAGAUUUCCGCCGACGAUGUUGCACACUUCAAGGAGCUUCUGGGCUCCCAAUCCGCCGUGAUCGAUGGCGUGACCACCGACGCGACGGACGAUAUCGAACCCUUCAACAGCGACUGGAUGCGCAAGUACCGUGGCCACACCCGGCUAGUUUUGAAGCCCAAGAGUGCACAGGAGGUCAGCAAGGUUCUGAAAUACUGCAACGAGCGCAAAUUGGCCGUCGUGCCGCAAGGUGGAAACACUGGUCUUGUCGGUGGCUCGGUGCCGGUCUUUGAUGAGAUCGUCAUCAACACUUCGCGCAUGAAUCAGAUCCGCUCUUUCGAUGCUGCCUCCGGUGUGCUGGUCGCCGAUGCCGGUGUUAUCCUCGAGACUGCCGACCAGUAUCUCGCCGAACGGGAGCACCUCUUCCCUCUGGACCUUGGUGCCAAGGGGUCCUGCCACAUCGGCGGAAAUGUCUCCACCAAUGCCGGUGGCCUGCGUCUCCUCCGUUACGGCAGUCUGCACGGCAGCGUGCUCGGCCUCGAGGCGGUCCUGCCGGACGGGACUGUCGUGGAUGCGCUGUCGACUCUACGCAAAAACAACACUGGCUACGAUCUCAAGCAGCUCUUCAUAGGCUCUGAGGGUACCAUUGGCCUCGUGACUGCUGUCUCUAUUCAGUGUCCCCCGCGCCCCAAGGCGGUUAAUGUGGCUUACUUUGGUCUUGAGAGCUUCGAGCAGGUCCAGCAGGCCUACCUCGCUGCCAAGGGCCAGCUGUCGGAGAUUCUCUCCGCGUUCGAGCUGAUGGACGGUCGCAGCCAGAAAUUGGUCAUUGAAUCUACGGGUAACAAGCACCCUCUUGAGGGUGAGUAUCCUUUCUACUGUCUGGUGGAGACCAGCGGUUCCAACGCCGAGCACGACAUGGCCAAGCUGGAGUCGUUCUUGGAGAGCGUGAUGGGCGACGGCAUUGUCGCCGACGGUGUACUCGCCCAGGAUGAGACCCAGUUCCAGGCCCUAUGGCGCUGGCGUGAGGGUAUCACUGAGUCCCUGAGCCACUUGGGCGGCACCUACAAAUACGAUGUGUCGAUCCCAUUGUCGGAUCUGUACCUGCUCGUGGAGGACUGCAAGGCUCGCCUCAUGGAGAAGGGUCUAGUCGGUGAUGAUGACUCUUUCCCUGUUCGUGCUGUUGUUGGUUAUGGUCACAUGGGUGAUUCCAACCUGCACUUGAACGUUGCCGUGCGACAGUACAGCAAGGAAGUGGAGAAGGCGAUCGAGCCGUGGGUGUAUGAGUGGAUUCAGAAGCGCCAGGGCAGCAUCAGUGCUGAGCACGGACUUGGCGUUGCUAAGCGGGAGUUCAUUGGUUACAGCCAGAACGAGACAAUGGUGAAGCUGAUGAAGCAGCUGAAGAACCUCUAUGACCCGAAUGGGAUCAUGAACCCAUACAAGUAUAUUUAG